GAUGGAUGCCUCCACGGAACAAGUGCGCGAAAUUACAUUGUGAGAAUCAAGUUUAUUCAUUAACUGUGUAACUAAAGUCUGACAUUGCAAAUAUCGCUCAUUGAAUAUCUUUCGGACAAGAGUCGGUUCUAGAAAUGCUGAUGUUAGGAUAAACUCGGCGUUACAUCUGUUUCAAUUUUGUUUACAAUGUUUCACACCGGCUAUUUAGCAGACGAUAUUUUGGUGUCAAAAGCCGAAAAGGAAGAUAUAAAAUCAGUAUGAUUUGUGUUGCUUAAGAUUAUUGUGUACAAAGGAAUUUUGAUUAAAUUCUAACCUUUAAAACCUAAAAUUUAACAAUGACUUACCCGGUAGACCACAAAACAGUUUUUGUUUUGGAUCGGAGUCCAUUGUUUUCUGCAUCGUGCAACCAAAGCAUUGAGUAUGAUGUUAUGUCGAAAACAAGAACUCCUGGGAUUAUACCUGCUGCACCUAUAAUGAAGUCUCUGUGGACAUGUAAUGUGGAAGUUAUGGCAGAAUAUAUGCGGAUUGUCUUCGACGUUUUUCCUUCAAAAAAACUGAUACGAGUUGUGACUGGAUCGCAGUCGCUGAAUGGAUGGACACAGAAGGAUCAAAACAUCCAGCAUGUGAUGUUAGGCUUGGGUCAGAUCGGGCCUCCAAAUCCCAGGAGUAAGGAUGAUGAUUACAGUAUGAUGCAUGGUCUGUCCCAUGCCAUUGAGAUUCUUUGUGAACCGACAGAGAUUCAGGCCGAGGAUAUGGAUACGAUCCAAAACAAGGGACGCAUCAUCUGUCUGACUUCUGUGAAAAGUGAAGCACAGAUACGAAUGUUAGAAGAAUGUGUAACUGAUGCCUUGAACCAGCACAACAAAUUGGCUGCAGCUUCAGACAGUCUGAUGGUCAUUGAGCAUUGUGAGUUACUGCUAAUACACAUUGUACCGGUCGGAGAUGACUUAAAGAUUGCAGACAAAGCCAAUCAUCAGGUAUCACCUCAGUUGAAUAGUGAGGUACAUUCCACUCAGUCUGGUCGUCACCUUUACAACAAGCUCAUACAACUCGUACAACAGCACUACAACCUCGCUUCAACAACAGUCACUGGGAUUCCUAUGAAGGAGGAACAAAAUGCCAGCUCAUCUGCCAACUACGAUGUAGAGAUUCUCCACCCCUUUAAUGUUCAUAAAGACCUCCUCAAGUCAGCUCAUGGCGAUGGAUUGGUGAUACCAUCUAAAGAAGGACUUCCUACAGAAACUAUUACAUUGAAAUGGUGUACCCCAAAAUCCAAUGUUGUCGAAAUGCACUACUGUACGGACGUGCACCGAGUGACCCCAGUGGAUGUCAAUAGCCGGCCAUCCUCCUGUCUCACCAAUUUUCUACUCAGUGGUCGCGCUGUCAUGCUGGAGCAGCCGAAAAAGACGGGAAUCAAGGUCAUAUCACACAUGCUCGCGAGUCACGGUGGGGAGAUCUUUAUCCACGCCAUUCAUACAGGACGCUCCCUGCUAGAAGACCCUCCCUCCAUCAGUGAGGGGUGUGGGGGACGUGUCACUGAUUAUAGAAUCAAUGACUUUGGUGAAUUUAUGAAAGAGAACCGACUAGCUCCAGCUUUACCUAGUAUGUUAGAGGAAUCAGACGACCCACCUCUGGACAGGGCUCAGAGCCACCUGGAGAGAAUGAGUCGAUACUGGCCGACCGUGAUAGGGGAGACAAUCAUCUUUAAUAUGGCAUCGCACAUCGACCCACUGCCCACUCUGAUUGUUAAGGAGACUUUGGACGAGGAUGACGUCAUUGAGUGCCGCAAAGCCAUCUACCACGUUGUCGGAAUGGAAAGUCGAAAUGAGGCUCUGCCCAUAACAUCAAGUGGUUCCCGGGCGAAAGGCCCUAAAAGGGAUGAGCAGUACAGACAGAUGUGGUCAGAGCUUGAGUCGUUGGUGAGUGCACAUGCCUCGACGUCAUCCAUGCAUCAACGAAUUCUUGAUUGCAUCUUAGACUGUAAGAAACCUGACGACACCAAACCAUCACCAAGGAAAGGAGAAAAGUUGGUAAAGGAGGAGAAAAUGGAUGUUGAGAGCCAGGCAGAGCAGUCGUGGAAGGAAUUGGAAAAAUACCAGAAGAUGACUGAGCGGGAGAAACAGGAUGCUAACAAAGCAGACUCUGCCCCACAACCAAAACGUCAGAGGACUGGGCUAGAGGGCCCCUUCACCACAUCUGGAGCAGGUCCACAGAACCUCCUCUCCCUGUGGACCAAUCGGAUCAAGACAGUACAUUCUCGCAGACAUGAGGAGUUUGCAGGUCGACAGGAAAGUGAUGGAGUUGUUGCAGAGCUAUACAAACACAUGAAUGAGCCUAAAGAGACUGGAGAGCAGACAAAGAUAUAAUAUCUUGGACAUGUACAUUAGGACCAACACGGAUCACCGACAAAAUCUUCGGAGAAGAAGGAAACAAACAAAAAUCUGAAGAAUGUGGAGGGAAUGACCUUUGUAGAACAAUAGAAGACUCAUUUGAUCAACUUUAUUUCGUAACUUAACAAGUAGCCGUCAAAAUAAAUUGUCCGCGGAAAGGUCGAAGACCAUAAUAGUGGACGUAAAAUUCGUCGAAUAAAAUAUUUAUAGAGGAUAGAAAAAGACAGCAGCAAGAUAACUAUAUAUAAAUGACAUUUAGAUAUCGGUUACAGUCUGUAUUGUUGAAUCGUCUGUAUCAUGAAUCAAUCAAAGUAAAAUACCUUAAUGUUUAUCACCAGCUAUAAAAUAUAGAAACGCCACAUCUAGACUAACUACGUUACUGAAGAGGAACCCUGGAUGUAUCAUUUUAAAGUGAAUUUAUCUGUUUUGUCGUGUUGAAACAAAAGUAUUGAGAGUAUGGUGUUGUGAUAUACUUACAUGUUAAUGAUAGUACAGACGUUAUAACCUCCACCAAACUCAUAGUUUCAUAUUAUCAUGAUCAUGCAAUAAAAUUGGACUAUCAACAAUGAUAUGUUGCUGCUCAUUAGUGUUUACCAGUCAUAUACCGAUCACAUAUUUUGUGCAUGUUUCAUCAUCAAUUUAUAAUAAAUAUAUCGACAAAAACAA